AUGGAUCCCAGCUUUAUAGACAAUGAAGUUCGUAUAGAAAUAUUGAAAAGCAACCCUAAGGAAUGCAAAGUACGGCCAACACAUAACUUAGAGAGGGGGUCUAACUUUACUUUGUUAAUCAUCAGUCAAUAUUUCAUCGAAGAAAAUACGUGGUCCCUACCUGACCCUGAAUUAAAACCGAAAAGACUGGAAACCUUAGAAAACGUAGAAUUUCGCUCAAUUUAUGAAAAAGGUUUUAACUCUCAGAUAUCAACGUUUUUCAUAAACCAUACCCACAAGGUUAGAAAACAUUUUCAUGGAGUAUGGCAAUUCAGUUUCAAGAUUUUUUUGGAUAAAGCGGCUCGGUACCACGUUUUUUCGAAAGCAAAUAGAAGCUCUAUUUCUAAAUGUAAUACUACUGUCAAUAUAGUACCUCAAAAAAAAGCAAAUAAUAAGGAUGAGUCGGUUAAAUGGGAGCUGAUUGCAGUACCUGUAAUAGUCGUGGUCUUACUCGCACAAACUGUGUACAUUAUAUGUAUGAAAUACAGGGGCCAGCCGAUGAAAUUCAAGAGGAAAGGAAAUAAAGCUAAGAACGAACACAGCCAAGCGAGUAUAGCCGAUCGACCGCCACAGCCGCUUCCUCCCGGUGCAGUUGUAAAACAAGAAUCUACACCCGUGAGAACGCCAGAACCCGUACGACAUCCCUACUCAGAAGCAACUGAGGUUCAGCCAGUUAAACCGACAAAUAUCAUACGCCCUUGUCUAAAAGCUCAAAUACCGACAGCCAUUCCAGCCCCGGUUCAGAAUUCCUAUGCCCCCAAUAUGUGUCCCGGUGAGUAUUUACAAAAACUGAAAAAGAUGAAAAGUCGUGGUGACCUAGCGGCGGACGAACCUCUCGAGUAUGAGGGUGUGGGUUCGAUUCCAGGUCAGGCAAGUACCAAUGCAACUUUUCUAAGUUUGUAUGUACUUUCUAAGUAUAUCUUGGACACCAAUGGCUGAUAAAAAGGUGAAGGAAUACAUCUUGAGGAAACCUGGACUAUAAAGUCUGAAAUCACCAACCCGCAUUGAGCAAGCGUGGUGAUUAAUGCUCAAUCCUUCUCCGUGUGAGAGGAGGCCGCAGCCCAGCAGUGGGACGAUA